CCUCCGCUCACCAGCCAGAAUAUAUUUUGUCCCUGCAGAGCUCGUCUGACAGCACCCCUCCCUUUCUCUCCUCACCCGCCAACUCACCGCACAGCACCCUCGCAGCCAUGGUCACCCCCGUCGCCCGAAUCCGCGCCUUCCAACCUUCCGACGACAAGGAUGUCCGUUUCAUUGUCGGGAAGGCUGCCAUGGAGCCUCUGGCUGUCGCCAACAUGAAAGUAUACAUGCAUCCGGUUACACUGGCCAUUUGGGGUGGCUUGUCAUGCAUAUUCAUCCAGUACAUGCAGUGGUGGCCACACCCAGACUACGGCAUCCUCGGAUACCUGCUUCCGCUUCCAGGGUUUGCAUCCAUGGCGGUACCGUUGAUGUUCCUGUGCGAUUGGUUCAACCGACACCCCAUCGAAGAACAAAUGCAACAAGUCCUCCACCGGCCCGACCUCGUCAACAUCGCCGCCUGGUACGCGCGCUCGCCCUCCUCGGGUGUCUGGAUCCUCGAGUUCGGCGACAAGUUCUCGCUCGCCAAGCGCGGCAAGAAGGCCGAGUUCCCCAAGGGCACGAGCUACACCGCCGUCGUCCGCCACUUCUACGUCGACGAGGCGUACCGCCCGGCCGGCGCCCAGCACGACCUCCUCCUUGACCCGACGGUGCAGGAGGUGAAAUGCGACGAUAGCCCGCUGAGGAAAUAUGCGGGCGAUGCGCUCAGGAAGGCGGGCUUUGAGUUGGAGUGGAAGACGGAUAAGAUUGGGAUGCUGGGGUGGCAGAACAGCCUGCGCACGCUGAACAGGAGCAAGUGGACGCCAGUGGCAUAGA